AAUUUCCGGCAGCCCUUCCUUCUUGGUCCUCUCAUUCAACCUUCUCUCCAUCUCAACUCUUUUCUCCCAUACUCCCUACCUCUACCAUGGCGAAAUCAGCUACCCCUGCCGCCGCUGCGAAGAAGAAUGCAGAUGCAAAGGCCAUCAAGAAGAGCAAGAAGGAAGGCAAACCCGUCGUCACUGCUCCUGCGCCUGUAGCUGUCAAGGAGGAAAAGAAAUCCAAGAGCAAGAAGGAAAAGGUCGUCAAGCCCCCGACUCCACCAGAGACCGAAUCAGAGUCUGAGGAAGAGUCUGAGGAGGAGUCUGAGGAGGAGGAAAGCAGCGAAGAGGACAGUGAUUCUUCCGAUGAGGAAGAGGAAGAGGCGGCUAAGCCAGCGGCCAAGACUAAGGCUAACGGCACAAAGGGCAAGGUCGCGGUUGCUCCUGCCAAGAAGGACGAAAGCGAGUCCGAGGAUGACUCUGAUGAAGACGAGGAGGACUCGAGCGACGACGAUGAGGAUGAGGAGGAGGAGGCACCUGCCUCCAAAGCCCCUGCUAAGACUGCGGCCAAAGACGACUCAUCUGAUGAGGAUGAAGACAGCGACGAGGAAAGCGACGACGAAGAGGAUGAGGAGGCAGCCAAGCCUGCCGCCGCUGAGGAGGACGAUGAAGAUGACGACGACAGCGAGUCUGACUCUGACGACGACGAUGAUGAUGAGGAAGAGGCAGAUGAAGCUAUGGAGGUCGACCAAAAGGCUAACGGCAAGCGAAAGGCUGAGACUGAGGCCGCUCCUUCCAAGAAAGCCAAGACCGACGCUACUGCCAGUGCCAGUGCCAGUGCCGGUGGCAACGCUCUCGGAGCUCCUGGUGGCGAAUCUGAGCCUACUCUCACUGUCUUUGUUGGACAGUUGUCCUGGAACGUUGACGACGAUUGGCUCGCUUCCGAGUUCGAAUCCUGCGGCACUAUCGAAUCGGCCAAGGUCAUGCUCGACAGAGAUUCCGGUCGAUCAAAAGGAAUGGGUUUCGUCACCUUUACCGACCUCGAGGCGUCUGCCAAGGCCGUCGAGCUCAAUGGCAAGGAGUUGGAUGGACGUACCAUCCGAGUCAACUAUGCUAAACCUCGUCAACCUCGUGAGGCCGCUGCGAAACGUGCAAACGCAUACGGAGACCAGACUUCCCCUCCCAACGUCACCCUGUACGUCGGUGGACUGUCUUACUCCAUGACGGAAGAUCAAAUCUAUGAGGCUUUCGGCGAGUUUGGGGACAUUGAACGUGUGCGGGUUCCCACAGAUCGGGACACUGGGGCUCCGAAAGGAUAUGCCUACGUACAAUAUUCCAGCUUGGACGAAUCCAAGGCUGCAUUUGAGGGCAUGCAGGGCAAGGAGCUGGCCGGACGGUACAUCCGAGUCGAUUACGAUCGACCAAAGACUGAGGGCGGAGACAGGUCGUUCGGAGAUGGCGGACGAGGUCGUGGUGGACGAGGAGGUGGAAGGGGAGGAUUCGGAGGCGACCGUGGUGGACGUGGAGGUGGUUUCGGCGGUCGUGGAGGUGGUCGAGGUGGAUUCGGUGGUGAUCGAGGUGGUGGAAGAGGUCGAGGCUUUGGCGGUGGACGAGGUAGAGGCGCGCCGCGAGGGUGAGUAGUUCUUUAUUUCAAUUAAAUCGCCUGCCUGUCGAAGUCGAAGUCUGGUAUGCUGACUCGGGAUUGUCUCUGCUUCAGUGGUGCUCGAACCGGCGGAAUCGUCCCUGCUGAGAAUCAAAAGAUUUCUUUCGACUAGAGAGAGAAAUUUCAUCUCUGAUCAUGUUAUCUUAAAACCCCUUCCUGUCUCCUCUCCCACCCUCUUUCAUUUCACAUUGUGUUGUCUUGAGCUCGUGUGAAUCUCGAGACGCCAUAGGAGAGAUUUCAGGGGGUCUCUCAUCGGUUCUACUUUUCAUGUGUAUGCAUUGCGAUUAGAU